AUGGGCAAACGCAGCGCAGCCGACGAGCCGCCUGGGGCCUCGCCGUCUAAGAGGCAGCACUUGCCACAGGGCGACAGCCCAUACAUGCAAGACAGCGAUGACGAGGCCGCGUCGUCUUACAUAUGCACCCCAAGCCCAGAGCCAGAUGCAGAAACCCCCGUCACAACAGCCACCACGCCCAGACCAAAGUUCCCCUCAGACCUCAAGACUCUGGCCUGCACUUGGCCGGGCUGCCCCAAGACCUUCAACCGCCCCGCCCGCCUCCGAGACCACCUCAACUCGCACACAAACUCACGCCCCUUCAAGUGCCCGUACGAGGGCUGCGACAAGGACUACAUCGAGGACAAGCACCUGAAGCAGCACGUCAAGGCGGUGCACACCCACGAACGCAAGUACGUCUGCCAGCGCGAGGGCUGUGGCAAGAGCUUCGUCACGGGCACGCGCCUGAACCGCCACCAGGCGGUCCACGAGGGUGCAGACCGCUUCCGCUGCUCCGACUGCGGGCAGAGCUUCCGGAAAAAGGAGACGCUGCACAAGCAUGUCCGCAAGGAACACUUGGACAUGCCGGCGCACGAGUGCCCGGACCCGUCGUGCACCGAGGCGUUUGGCACCAAGUCGAGGCUCAAGCGACACUUUGACAAGCUGCACGGCGAAAUCAAGUUUUGGUGCACAGAAUGCGGUCUGAAGGCGGCCGAGGAGGGGACUGAGAAUCGGGUCGGGUUCACGACCGAGGUGCUGUUGCAGGAGCACCUCAAGAAGGAGCACCAGGACUGCAUCUUCUGCGAGUACAAGUCGUCGUCGCGCUACGAGCUCGAGCAGCACAUUGAGACGCACCACUCAGGAAAGUCGGUCGAGGAGCGCAAGACGCACGCAUGCACCUUCGACGGCUGCAGCAAGAAAUUCACCAAAAAAUCCAACCUCAAGGUCCACAUCCGCACCGCCCACCAGGGCGUCCGGUUCGUCUGCGGGGAGGCGGCCCUGGCCGGGCCCGACUUUGAGGGCUGGUCCAACAGCGACGGCUGCGGUGCCAAGUAUGGCUCCAAGGCGGGGCUCGAGGACCACGUGCGCUUCCUCCACCUCGGCCACGUGCGGACCCGGAUGUCGAGGCCGGCCGGCAAUGCGCCCGACGUUGUCGACGACCUGUCGGGCGCCGCCAACCAGGCCAAGCACACCAUCCCCUGCCCCCACUGCGACGACAUGUUCAUCCGCUAUCACGACCUCGACGUGCACCUGGCCAGAGACCACGACCCGGCGGACCCGACGUCGCUGCUGGCCCAGGCCCCUGCCCGCCCUGCCUUUGAGCAGAACCACCCCGCACAGCCGGCCUGGCCCGCCGACAUGGCCCAGGACGACAUCUUUGCCGCGCAGAUGGACUACGGCCCGCUGCGCGACGAGUGGCUCGACGACGAGGCCAACAUUCUGUUGCUGGCCCGCGACCCGCCGCCUGACCACGCCUCGGGCCCUACCAUCGAUCCCGCCCUGGCAGGGCCCUAG